AUGUUGUCGUCUGUAGAAACAACUCUUAAGGUGUCCGUCCUCCCCGAGACUUGUAAGAAUGUCAGCAAUGGACAUCUCCUCUGUUCUACUUCGCAACUGACAUGCAAGUCAGUAUACUCAUCAUUAAGGUGCUCCAAUAAUCAUACGAUUUGCUUCUUUGAUGAAAUGAUGACCAAGCUGUCGCAAGUACAUCGGCGCAGAACACCUUGGUUGUUUCGGGAAACUACCUCAAACACCGAGGCAGCAAUUCAU